AUGUCCACGCAAAAGACCACUCAACCUUCCGACGCGCCGCCGUCGUACGAUCAAGUGAGCGGCCGCGCUGGCUCCUCCUCUACCGCUGCCGCUGCGGGUAGCAACACCACUGGAUCGAGCAGCCUCGCCGUCCCUAGUCAGGAUGCGGCCGCCACGCGCAAGUCGAUGGAGGACAUGCUGCGACCCUUGCCGCACGGCUGGAUUCGACAGUGGGAUCCCUCGACGCACCACAACUUUUUCGUCGACACGCUCGCCAAGCCGCCGCGCUCGAUCUGGGUGCACCCCUUUGACGACGACCAGUUCCAGCGCGAGCAUCCGGACGACAUUCGCCGCGAGCACGAGCGCUACGAGCGAGAACAGAUGGUUCAUGCCGAUACCGACGAUGAGGACGAGCAGCCACGCAAGCACUCGCAUGCUGCGGCUACGGGUUCGUCGGCAUCCCAGCCAAAGGGGCUCAAGAAGUUCGGUCGCUCGCUCAAGGACAAGAUGACCAACACUACGCACGAAGAGCGAGAGGCCAAGCGCAAGGCCCAGCGCGAGGCCGAACAGAGGGCCAUGCAGCAGCACGCCAUGAUUCGUCAGGCCCUCGUGACUGCUACGCGCACGGGACAGCCCCAAUUCAUCGGCAAGGAUCAACAGGGCAGAGAAAUUUUUGCCCAACCUCCUCCUCCAGGUGCAUUCGGUGGAGGCGCUACACUUGGUUACGGUCCCUACCAGACUGUCGGCGGCCCUUACGGAGCGUAUGGUCCGUACGCUAGACCUAUGGGCCCCUACAGCCGACCGUACGGCGGUACAGGUAUGCCCAUCCUAGGCGGUCUGGCUGGUGGCAUGCUCCUGGGCGGUCUCCUCUUCUAA